AUGGGCAUGGCAGACACCAUCCUCUGCUGCCUGGCAGGCUAUCUGGAAGAGCUGGAGUCUGCGGAGCUGACCAAGUUCAAAAUGUACCUGGGCCUGGAGGCCAAGACAGAGAGGAAGGGGAGAGUACCCAGGGGCCGAAUGGAGAAGGCAGGACCACUGGACAUGGCACAGAUCUUGGUGGCCCACUGGGGCCCAGCUGAGGCCUGGGAGCUGGCCCUUCGGGUCUUCAACCGGAUCAACCGGAAGGACCUGUGGGAACGAGGGUGCCAAGAGCCGCUGGUGAGGGAUGUCCCACGUUCCUUGGAGGUAGCUGCAUUGGAAUCCUGCGGCAGAGAGUCUGGGUGCUUGGCUGAAGCCUUUCCAGGAGUAACAAAGAAAGGUGAGCAGCCAGGACUGUGCAGACCCUGUUCCCCCCCACAAAGGCUGGAUCCCCAGGAAACUUACCGAUUACACGUCAGGCGCAAAUACCGGUUUAUUGAGGACAGGAAUGCACGCUUGGGAGAGCUUGUAAACCUCAGCCAGAGAUACACACGACUGCUCCUGGUGAAGGAGCACGCCACCCUGACCAGAGCCCAAUACGAACUCCUGGCCACAGGAAGGCAGCACGCCCUGUGCCUGGACCAGCGGGCCAGCCCCAUCCAGAUCGAGACCUUGUUUGAGCCCGACGAGGAGCGACCGGAUGCACCACACACAGUCGUGCUACAGGGGGCUGCCGGGAUUGGGAAGUCCAUACUAGCCCAAAAAGUCAUGUUGGACUGGGCGGAUGGGCGCCUGUACUCUGACCGCUUUGACUACCUCUUCUACCUGAACUGCAGAGAGAUGAACCAGGUCCAGGAGAGAAGUGUGGAAGAUCUGAUUUCAGUCUGCUGGCCGGAGAGGAACGUGCCCAUCUCUGAGAUUGUUCGAGUUCCCGAAAGACUCCUGUUCAUCAUUGACGGCUUCGAUGAGCUCCGAGCUUCUUUUCAUGAGUCGAGGGAUUGUGGCUGCAUCCAGUGGGCGGAGAGGAAGCCGGUGGAGGCCCUUCUGAGCUGCCUGCUGAGGAGGAAGCUGAUUCCGGAGCUGUCCUUGCUGAUCACCACCAGACCCACCACCCUGGAGACCCUCCGCCGCCUGCUGGAGCACCCUCGGCACGUGGAGAUCCUGGGCUUUUCCGAGGAGCAGCGGCAGGAAUAUUUCUACAAGUUUUUCCGCCAUGAGGAGCAGGCGCGGCAGGGCUUCAGCUUGGUGCGCGACAACGAGCCGCUCUUCACCAUGUGCUUCGUGCCUAUGAUGUGCUGGAUCGUCUGCACCUGCCUCAAACAGCAGCUGGAGGCCGGCUGGUCCUUCCCCCAGACCUCCAAGACCACCACGGCCGUCUACACGUUCUAUCUGCUGAGCCUGCUGCAGCCCAAGCAGGGCAAGCCCCGGGUCCAGCCUCCACCCAACCUCAGGGGCCUCUGCUCCCUGGCUGCCGCGGGCCUCUGGAGCCAGCGGAUCCUCUUUGAGGAGGAGGACCUGCACAGGCACGGCUUGGAGGGGGAUGAUGUCUCAGCCUUCCUCAACAUGAAUAUCUUCCAUAAAGACAUCCAGUGUGAGAGAUACUACAGCUUCAUCCACUUGAGUUUCCAGGAGUUCUUUGCCGCGAUGUUCUACGUGCUGGAAGGGGAGCCUGGGGCCUCUCCUGCCAACCUGAGGAGGCUUCUCCACCACUACACCAAGUCGCACAGGAGCUACCUGGUGCUCACCAUGCGCUUCCUCUUUGGGCUUCUCAACGAAGAGAGACGGAGCUCCCUGGAGAAACAGCUUGGCUGGAAGACCUCUGGGAGGACCAAGCGGGAUCUGCUGCGGUGGAUCCAGGCCAAGGCGGAGAGCGAAGGCUCCACUUUGCAGCGGGGUGCCCUGGAGAUCUUCGAGUGUCUCUAUGAGAUCCAGGAGGAGGACUUCAUCCAGAGAUCACUGGACCACUUCCAAGUGGUUGCGGUCAGUGACAUGGCCACCAAGAUGGAGCACAUGGUCUCCUCCUUCUGCGUGAGGAACUGCCGGAGUGCUCUGGUGGUCCACCUGGGCAGUGCAAUGUUCACUGCUGAUGGGGAAGACACAGAGAGCAAAGACAGACAAGAGUUGGUGUCGGAGGGCAUGGAGCAACCCCUGAACCAGCCUCUGAAGCUGUCAGAGAGUAAUGUCCUCCCAGAGGCCUACUGUGAACAUCUUGCCACUGCCCUCAGCACCAACCGGAAUCUUGUAGAGCUUGUUCUGUACCGGAAUGCCCUGGGGAACCGAGGAGUGAGGCUGCUGUGCCAGGGGCUCAGACAUCCCAACUGUCAACUCCAGAACCUUCGGCUGAAGCGAUGUCGAAUUUCUAGUGCUGCCUGCCAAGACAUUGCCUCGGCUCUCAUGACCAAUCAGAAUUUAACCCGGCUGGACCUGAGCAGGAACAUGCUAGGUGCCGCAGGUGUGAAGCUGCUAUGUGAGGGCCUACAGCACCCCAAGUGCCGCCUCCAGAUGCUUCAGCUGAGGCGGUGUCAGGUAGAUGGGGCAGCGUGUCAGGAACUCUCCAGGGUGCUGAGCACCAGCCAUCACUUGACAGAGCUGGAUCUGACGGGCAAUGCCCUGGGGGAUUUGGGGCUGCAACACCUGUGUCCUGGACUGAGCCAUCCUGCCUGUAAGCUGAAGACACUGUGGUUAAAGAUCUGCCACCUGACACCCUCCGCCUGUCAGAAUUUGUCCUCGGUCCUCAGCACCAACCAGAACCUGACUGAACUGGACCUCAGCUUAAACGACCUGGGAGACCUGGGGGUGAAAUCACUCUGUGAGGGCCUCUGCCAUUCCAAGAGCCAGCUGCAGACACUUCGAUUGGGCAUCUGCCGACUCACCUGUGUCUCCUGUGAGGCUUUGUCCACCACCCUCCAGUCCAACAUUCAUCUCAAGGAGCUGGAUGUGAGUUUCAAUGACUUGGAAGACAUGGGGGUGCACCUGCUCUGUGAGGGCCUGCGGCACCCCAAGUGUAAGCUUCAUAAGCUGUGGCUGGACAGCUGCUGCCUCUCUGGAGCUGCCUGCAAGGACCUCGCCUCUGCCUUGGGGGCCAACCAGACCCUGAGGGAGCUCUACCUCACCAACAACACUCUGGGGGACACUGGGGUACAGCUGCUGUGUGAGAGGCUGAGCCAGCCCAACUGCAGGCUCCGAACCCUGUGGCUGUUUGGUAUGGAACUGACUGAGGGGACUCAGCGGGCUCUGGCUGCCCUUCGAGGAUCCAAGCCACACCUGGACAUUGGCUCCUGA